CUGGCUGUAUUUUAUUUUAUGCCGGUCUUUGUGCUACUGCCUGCAGGCUUCAACCUUAGCUCAGAGUGGCAGGAUGGAUGGGACAUAUUUACGGAGAAGAGGAGGCCCAUAUAAGACAGAACCAGCCACAGACUUAACCCGCUGGCGUUUGAGUAAUGAAGAAGGUCGGCAGCAAUGGCGAUAUCUAGCAGAUGGCGAGGGUGUGGAGCGGGAGCAGACUGCACUGGAGGCUCAUUCUCUAGGGCUGGACACAACUAAAGUCUUCCCAAUCUUGCCUACAGCCUGCACUGCAGAGGAGGCAGCACUAAAUGGGAUGAAAUUUUUCUCAGGCCUACAAGCAGAGGAUGGUCAUUGGGCUGAGGAUUAUGGAGGACCUCUCUUUCUGUUGCCAGGACUUCUGAUUGUGUGCCAUGUUGCUAAGAUUCCACUCCCAGAAGAAAGUAAGAAGGAGAUGGUGCGCUAUCUGCGUUCAGUGCAACUCCCAGAUGGAGGAUGGGGCCUACACAUUGAGGACUUGUCUAAGGUAUUUUCGACUGCUCUGAACUAUACAGCCAUGCGUAUUCUUGGAGUCAGCGCUGAUGAUCCAGACUUAGUGAAAGCUCGAAAUAACCUCCACAGCAAAGGUGGUGCUGUAGGAGUCGCUUCCUGGGGUAAAUUUUGGCUGGCUGUCUUGAAUGUCUACAGUUGGGAAGGAAUGAAUACGUUGCUUCCUGAGAUGUGGCUGUUUCCUUCAUGGAUGCCAGCUAACCCUUCCACACUUUGGUGUCACUGCCGCCAGGUUUACCUGCCAAUGGCCUACUGCUAUGCUGUCCGCCUCACUGGAGAAGAAGAUGAACUUAUCUUAAGCCUUCGACAGGAACUCUAUGUACAAGAUUACAACAGUAUUGACUGGCCAGCACAAAAAAAUAAUAUUGCUUCUGGGGAUUUAUACACACCACAUAGCUGGCUACUGAAAGUGAUCUAUGCAAUAGCUAAUAUCUAUGAGCAAUUCCACAUCAAAAAAUUGAGACAACGAGCCAUAGAGGAAUUAUAUGAUCAUAUCAAGGCUGAUGACCAAUUUACCAAGUUCAUCAGCAUUGGCCCUAUAUCUAAAACAAUUAACAUGCUAGUGUGCUGGCAUAUCGAAGGAGAGAAGUCUCCCGCAUUCCAGGGACAUGUUUCUAGAAUCUCUGACUAUCUCUGGCUGGGUCUGGAUGGCAUGAAGAUGCAGGGCACCAAUGGAUCACAGGUUUGGGAUACAGCAUUUGCUGUUCAAGCUUUUCUGGAGGCUGGUGCCCAGGAGAAGCCUGAAUUUGACAGCUGUCUGAUAUUUGCACAUCAGCAUUUCAGAAUCGCACAGAUUCCAGAUAAUCCACCUAAUUAUGAAAAGUACUACCGUCAGAUGAACAAGGGUGGAUUUCCCUUCAGUACUCGUGACUGUGGCUGGAUUGUUGCUGACUGUACUGCAGAAGGUCUGAAAUCUGUGAUACUGUUACAGGAAAAGUGCCCAUUCAUCAAGGAACACAUCCCCCCCAGUCGUCUCUUUGAUGCUGUAAAUGUGCUGCUAAACAUGCAGAAUGCUGAUGGUGGCUUUUCAACCUACGAAACCAUGCGCGGGGGCUGGUUGCUGGAGCUGUUGAAUCCUUCAGAGGUAUUUGGUGAUAUCAUGGUUGACUAUACAUAUGUGGAAUGUACCUCAGCUGUGAUGCAGGCGCUGAAGUAUUUCCACAAGUGCUUCCCGGAACACAGAAGCCUGGAAAUCAGAGAGAUACUGCAAAAGGGCUUGAGGUAUUGUCAGAAAAAGCAGAGAGCUGAUGGAUCCUGGGAAGGAAGCUGGGGUGUGUGCUUCACUUACGGCACAUGGUUUGGAUUGGAAGCAUAUGCUUGUAUGCAGCAGACGUACUGUGGUGGGGUGGCCUGUCAGGCAGUGUCCCGGGCUUGUGAGUUCUUAGUCUCCAAGCAGAUGGAGGAUGGUGGUUGGGGAGAGGACUUUGAGUCUUGUGAACAACGCAGAUAUGUCCAGAGCACUGCAUCGCAGGUCCACAACACCUGUUGGGCUCUCUUGGGACUCAUGGCUGCUAGGUACCCAGAUGUCCGAGUUCUGGAAAAGGGAAUUAAACUAUUGAUUGAAAAACAGCUACCUAAUGGGGACUGGCCUCAGGAGAAUAUUGCGGGUGUAUUCAACAAGACUUGUGCUAUCAGCUACAGCUCCUAUCGAAAUGUCUUCCCCAUCUGGACCCUGGGGCGCUUUUCUUCCCUAUAUCCUGCCAGCCCCUUUUCAGGCAAAUGCUCAACAAAGGCAAUAAGAAAUGGGAGGAAAGAACUGGCUGCAGAAAUGACCAACGGACAUAGUUUAGGAUUUGCUGCUUCGUAAAUGAGGGGCUUGUAACCAAUCUUGAGGGAACACCCUACCUGUCUAUCUGAGGUUCUUUUUGAGGCAGUAACUUGAGGCCAGUCAAGGGACUCUUUUCCAAGGAACCAGUGAAGAGUGAAGUUAGUGAAACCCUGCUGCUGCCUUGUUGGUUGUU